GAGUAAUAUAUACAUAUGUGUAUAUGUAUAUGUAUAUUAGACAUUACACUGAUACAUCUAUUAGCAAGGAACGCAGUGAGAAGAUCACACAGGCACUAGUUAAGUUAAUCGCAUUUAAUCGACUGCCCUUCAGUUUUUCUUCUAGUCCUGCUUUCAAAACAUUUAUGAAAGAAAUUGAGCCUAGAUAUAAGUGUCCGUGCAGUCAAACGAUUCUUCGCCAUUUACGUGUUAUUGAAGACGAACUAAAGUCAAAGAUCCAACGUACGUUAGAUUUGUGCGAAUUUAUUGCUCUGGACACGGAUUGUUGGACUUCUCGAUCUCAAGAAGGCUAUAUGAACGUGAAUGCUCACAUUGUAAAUAACGUAUGGGAGCCACAAAUCUUCACGCUAAGUAUACAAGAACUUAGCGAAAGGCAUACAGCGGAAAAUUUAUCUGACAGCUUACAAAUUGUUGCUGCUGAAUGGCAAAUUAACACCAAAAUUGUAUCAAUUGUUCAUGAUAACGCAAGCAAUAUUGUUGUUGCAGUGGAUAAUAUGAUGAACGUCGAAUCCAAUUCUAGUUGUGCAGCACACACGAUAAAUUUAGCCGUGAGAGAUGCACUGAAACAAGAUGAUAUUUUUACCGUGCUUACUAAAGGAAGUAAAAUUGUUUCCCAUUUUCAUCAUUACGUCAUUGCUUCACAAGCUCUUGCAAAAAAACAAGAACAAUUAGGUUUGCCUCAACUAAAGUUGAUCCAAAGUGUUCGUACACGAUGGAAUUCAGAUUUGCAUAUGAUCGAAAGACUUGUUGAGAAUCGUGGCGCUAUCAUGGCUGUUCUUGCAGAUCGAACUGUUACAACUCACUUGCAAGUUAAAAAUUUAGAAGUUACUGAACAUGAAUGGAGAAUUCUCGAAAAUUUAAUACCAGUUCUCAAACCACUUGAAUUUUCAACUGCGGUAUUAUCAGGAGCUCCAGCAUCAAUGGUGCGUCCGAUAAUUCGGACUGUGAUUGUCAAUCAUCUUUCUUCUAAAACUGAAGGCGUAUCAAAAACAUUAGCAGAGGCAUCAUCUACUCGUUUUCAAAUGAAGUCACAAGGAGAUAUAUCAAUAUAUCAAAAAGCAUCAUUUUUAGAUCCUCGUCAUAAAGAUCUCGAAGCUGAACCAAUUUUGCAACAGGCCGCAAUUAGAAAGCUAAUUGAAUUGGAAGCAACAUCUCUUGCUCCAACAGAAUCCGAAUCGAAUGCGCAAACCUCUUCAAAUAGCGUACUAGAUUUUCUUUUUAAGAAGCCUGAACACGCGCAUCUCUCUUCGGCAGCUCAGCAGGUUCAACUGUAUCUUUGUGAGCCACAAAUUGAUAUAAAUAUGGAUCCAUUUCAAUGGUGGAAAUCGCAUGAAAAAAAAUUUCCACAACUGACUCGAUUAGCGAAAAAAUACUUAUGUAUUCCCGCGACAUCCGUUGCAUCAGAAAGAACUUUCUCAACUGCGGGCAAUAUCGUUUCGCCACAACGGAGUUGUCUUGCCUCUGAGAAUGUAUCAACAAAUGUUUUUAUUUUUCAAAAUAAGUUUUUAUUGCAACAAUAAACUCAUUUAAUUUAUUUAAUAUCUAUUUAAUAACAACAGCUUGAAUUUUUAUUUAAAAUUCUUCUAUAUUCUAUAUUAUAUAUGAAAUAUGCAAUCAGGAGAUAAUUUAUAGCCGGCAUUGUACAUAACUUCAGCAAUGAAACAGAAUAAUUAGAUAUUUUUUAAACACA